UUUAAAUUUAUAUCUGAUUUUUAUAUGGUUCGUCUUCUUUUAACUUGUUUAAAUGUAUUUAGUUGGUACUUUAAUUUUUUUGACCUAGUUGUUGUAUUUUGUCAUUUAGGUUGAUAUUUUUGCACUAAUACCGUUAGUUUGUAUUAAUGUAGUAUAUUAAUAGUCAAUUUGUUGAUGGCAUGUGACAAUUUUUAAUAUGUUAUCUAGCAACUAUAAAUUUUAAAAAUCUAAAAUAUAUAAAUUAGUUUUAUUAAAAAUUUUAUUUAAAAGAAGUUAUACUAUUUCUAUCGUAUUUGUUUCAUUUUAAUUUAAAAUAAAUCUAUUUUUAUACAUUAUUAGAAUAGCAAUCUUUCCUAUUUACUUUUAGCGCCAUCACUUUCCUAGCAAACCAAACACAAAAAUAAAGUCCUCUUUUACUUUUUUUCUAUUUUCAUUUUCUCCCUAGCACACUUUCUAGUUCUUUUGAAGUUUUUUUUCUUUUUGAGUUAAAAGAUAAAAGAGGAUUAAAUUAUAAAAAUUUGAAAAUUAUAAGGUUGGGAUGAUAAUCGUUGGUGACAAUUCAUUCAUUGAAUCAAGAGUCGUAAAUAGAUGAAGAUAAUUAGAGUUUAGAUUCAUAAAGGGAUUUGGAGUUCAAGAGGAAGAAGGGAGAUAACUUGGAGGGUGAGAGGAGAGAGCCAAUUGCCUUACUUCAAUGUUUGCAGGCUUUAAAAGGGGAUGUCCUUGGUCAUUCCUCAGGUGCCAUGUCCCGUCUCCACACUAACUUUGUACUCUUUAGAAUCAAGUCCCCCUAUUGAUGCCCCGUCUUGUAAGUGUAAGUUGUUAUGUUAGGACAAUGGAUAUAAGCAAUGUACGAGUGAUAUAGAUUCUGUUCAUGUUAAGUUAUAAUUUAUCAUAAUGUGAUUUUGUGGUGCUUAAACCUCGUAAAAUCACUAAUAUGACAUGCUAGAAUAGCAUAAUUACAUUGACAUGUCACAAGUAAUUUUUUUAAUGUUUCUAUUUGUCACAUUAUCUUCUUGAUCAACUAUUAUUUUCAUUAGUGGAAUGUCUCAAUUGUGUUGUUAUUAUUAUUUGGAAUUUCUUUAUUCAUAUCAAAUUAGGGGGAUUAUAGGGGCGUAAUCGAGCGGAGCUCAAGCUUGAUACUUGAGCUCGAUCAAAUAUUUAUUUUUAAGCUCAAGCUUUGAUUGAGAUAUAUUCGAGUCACUCAAACUCAAUUAAGUUUGUUUACUAAUUUUUGUACUCAAGUUAGGGCUUAGGGUUAGUAAUUUAUAUUAAGGGCAAUAAAAUAAUUUAAUAAUACAAAAAUAUGAAAAGAUUUAUAAGGUUCAUGAGUCAUUCAAGUCGAGCAUUACUAAGCUCGAAUUUUACUCGACCAAUUUGGUAAUUAUCGAGUUGAGCUCAAGUAGCUCGCGUUGCGGGCACUAAUGUCUUAAAUGCACCAGUAGGGGAAGUGUAGAACUAGGGUUUUUUUUAUUAUUAAAAUAAUAAAAAAUUAUGAAAAUGGUAUUGCACCCAAAUUUUUAUGAAAAUGUCAUGUAUUCUACCGUAAACAUGGGUGUUGUCAUACUGUCAGACGACACCACACUAGAUUUUCUCAUCUUGCUACCAUCAAUCCCGAUGAAGUAAGAAAAUAUUUUUUUAACUGGUACCCCAAGUGGUCAGGCAACAUUCAAAAAAUACCAAUAUUUUUGUAAACACGAAAUAUAAACUAUAGAAAUACAAAAAUGUUUUUUUUUAUAGUGGUGGCAUCGGUAUUAUUUAAGAAAAAAAAAGGGCUGAUAGAAAAGAAAGAUGAUACAAGAUGUGUUGUCAAUGUGUAAGACGAUAUCUAUUUGAAAUUUAAAAAAAAAAAGAUUGUUAAUAGGUUCCACCACACUGCCAGGUAAGGGAGAUCGAUUUAUAUAAAUAUAAGAAGAAAUGAAAGAAAGGAAAAGAAAGCUGGAAAAAAGGUUUGGGAGUGAGCUAUUGCCGGUGUUAUUUUUUUUAAAAAGGGUGGACAGAAAAAAAAAGUUGAAAUAGAAAAAAAAUUAUAAUAGUGUUGCCUGAUACAUUAGCGACACUAAUAUAUAUAUAUAUAUAUUUUAAAUAAGUCCGACAAAAAAAUAGUUAAGAAAGAGAAAAAGAAAGUUUAAUGAGUGUCACAAUACUGCCAGCUAGGAGGAUCAAUUUAUAUAAAUAAAAAAGAAAAGAUAUUAAAGAAAAAAAGAGUUGGAGUGUGUCGGUGGCUCGGUGUUACAUUCACUAAAUCGUUUGAUGUGACCAAUUGAUCGCGCGCUCACCCCCAAAUUUUUAUUUCAAAUUCCUUUUUUCUCUUUUUUUUAUUUCAAUUUUUUUCUUGUAAGUCACAUUUAAAAGAAAAUUAAUAUCGACACCGUAAAUGUGUUAGACAACACAAAAAAUUAUUAUUUUAUCCUGCAUUCCAUUUUUAGUGUAUUUAGGAUAAUUAAUUUGUAUUUGAUAAUUUUUGUAAUUUUUUUAUUUUUAUAUAAAAAAAACCUUUAGAACUAUAAAAUGAAAGCCCAAUCCCCCAAUUUGAAGUUAAAUCGAGCCCACACAGACCAGGAAAUCCCCCAAAACCCUAACUCUAUAGUUGCAAUUUCGACGUUUCUCGCUCGGAAAAGAAAAAGCGUCAGAAAAAAAACCAAACCCAGUUCUGAAACCAAAGAACCCGACCAAGAUUUCAUGGUUAAACCCCAAACCAAAUUGUAUAACCCAAACGACGAUACUCCUAAAGUGUGUUCGAUGCCUGCCGAUGGGGAUUCUAUGGUUGCAAGUAUUGCUGCUUCUGCUGACCCGCUUGCACUCUUUAACGAUAGUACUCCUAAAGAGUGGUUGAGAAAUGUUGUGUUGCCUGAUGGUUGGGAUUCUAUGUUGGAAAAGAAGAUUGUAGUGAUGGAAAUGGAAAGGAAGAAAUCGGAUGAAGCUUGUGGUGAUGAGAAAAAUGAAGUUGAAGUUCAAGUGAAGAAGAAAAAGAAAAAGAAAAAGAAGAAGAAGAAUAAAGAGGAUGGUGAUGUGGAACCUGAAGUGAAGACUGAGAAGGAGAAGGAAGAUGAGGUUGAAGCCGGUUCAAUAGAUACUGAGAGGAAAAAGAAGAAGAGCAAAGAGAGUGAUGAGGCUGUUGCUGCUGCUGUUGAUGGUGCUAAUGACAUAGGGGCUGAUGAAAUUGAAACAAAGAAAAAUAAGAAGAAGAAGAAGAGCAAUGAGAAUGUAGAUGCUAUUGAGGCUAUUGCUGUUGCUGUUGUUGAUAGUGCAAUUGAUGUAGGGAGUAAUGAAAUUGAAAAGAAGAAGAAGAAGAGCAAUGAAAAUGAGGAUGCUAUUGAGGCUAUUGCUGUUGUUGAUGGUGCAAUUGAUGUAGGGAGUGAUGAAAUUGAAAAGAAGAAGAAGAAGAGCAAUGAAAAUGAGGAUGCUAUUGAGGCUAUUGCUGUUGUUGAUGGUGCAAUUGAUGUAGGGAGUGAUGAAAUUGAAAAGAAGAAAAAGAAGAAGAGCAAUGAAAAUGAGGAUGCUAUUGAGGCAAUUGCUGUUGUUGAUGGUGCAAUUGAUGUAGGGAGUGAUGAAAUUGAAAAGAAGAAAAAGAAGAAGAAGAACAAAGAGAAUGAGGAGGCUAUUGAGGCUAUUGCUGUUGCUGUUGUUGAUAGUGCAAUUGAUGCAGGGAGUGAUGAAAUUGAAAAGAAGAAAAAGAAGAAGAAGAAGAAGAACAAAGAGAAUGAGGAGGCUAUUGAGGCUAUUUCCGUUGUUGAUGGUGCAAUUGAUGUAGGGAGUGAUGAAAUUGAAAAGAAGAAAAAGAAGAAGAAGAAGAAGGGCAAUGAAAAUGAGGAUGCUGUUGAGGCUAUUGCUGUUGUUGAUGGUGCAAUUGAUGAAGGGAGUGAUGAAAUUGAAAAGAAGAAAAAGAAGAAGAAGAAGAAGAGCAAUGAAAAUGAGGAUGCUAUUGAGGCUAUUGCUGUUGUUGAUGGUGCAAUUGAUGUAGGGAGUGAUGAAAUUGAAAAGAAGAAAAAGAAGAAGAAGAAGAAGAGCAAUGAAAAUGAGGAUGCUAUUGAGGCUAUUGCUGUUGUUGAUGGUGCAAUUGAUGUAGAGAGUGAUGAAAUUGAAAAGAAGACAAAGAAGAAGAAGAAGAAGAAGAAGAAGAAGAACAAAGAGAAUGAGGAGGCUAUUGAGGCUAUUGCUGUUGUUGACGGUGCAAUUGAUGCAGGGGCUGAGGAUGAAACUGAAAAGAAGAAAAAGAAGAAAAGAAAAAGAAAAGAUGCAGCAGAGGAGUAGAUGAGCAGGUUUCAGAACUUUACUUUUGAUUACAAAAUCCUUUUUUUUGCUUGUACUUUUGGCAACUAUUGUUACUUUGUUGUAAUUUUAGUGGUUUGAUUUUGUGUAUUCUCCAUUGUUGUUGGUGAUAAUGGUAGCUUAUGAAUGAAAUUGUGAAGAAAAUUUUGAAGAA